GAUCAAAUGCAUGACGUUGCUUUAAUGUAUAUAGACUUAGUCGUGAUUUUCGAAACCAAAGAUCUUACACUUUUGUUCUGAAGAUGUGGCAAAAUUGUAUGUCAGCACUUUUGGUAGUCACUGUGUUUGGUUGCUUAUGUUUGGUAGCUGGAACCGAGAGCGAUAAGGAUAGAAGAUUUAUCAUCAGCGGACAUUCCAACAGCACGCAUGCACCAGAUCUUGUGACCUCAAACCAUACUAAUUGCACACAUCGCCAUUGCUAUAACGGUUAUUGCGUGCAGGAUUCGCAACAGGCGGCACACUGCAAUUGUUAUGCUGGAUGGACAGGAUUACUAUGCUAUAGAAGAAUAACGUCCACAGAACCAGGUUCAGGACCACUAGACCAUUGCAAUAAUCUCUGUGGUGAACAUGCACAUUGUACAAUGCACAAAUUACCUGAUGGAUCGGAGCAUUGGAGGUGUACUUGUGAUCAUGGAUGGCACGGGAGGCGCUGUAAUCAUCAAACCAUUACGGCAUUUACAGCAGUUCUUUAUAGCUGUGACCAUAUCAAAACCAUUGUGGCUCUGGCUUAUCAGACACCCGUUUCUAACCCGAAUGCUGCAGUAUGUUCCCAAGGUCAGCACACAUCUCACGAAGCUUUUGUUCUCACGGAAUGUGAUGUACCGAAAACUCCAGCCACGUGGUCACAGGGACUUAAUGUAAUGUCAAGUUGUGCAAGGUCAAAUCCUAUACCUGACAAUACACUUAUAGCAAGCUUUGACCAUGGAAUUUACUCGUCAGAUGACAGUCUCUCUGGGAUAUUUCUCGGAUGUACACGUGAUGGGUUUAAGAUUGCGUACCAAACAUGCGGACAGUCGCCUGAAAUAACCGAAAUUCGGCUUGGGGAAAGCUUCAACCGAAAUCCAAACAACUUCUAUGCGAUAUCAUAAAUAUAUCAAUUCACUGAACAUGUCAAUAAAUUUGUAACUUAUAAA